AUGGUAAUCGCCGUCCUGAUAGUGGAGACCUGGGGCAACAGGGACAUGUGUAAACGCACUACCACAUAUAGUCUUCCUCAUGACCGACGGACGUCCCAGGAGCUGUCCCUCGGCCCUGAAUUCCCUCUACUUCCCUUGAACCUGUAUAAAACCCGUUCGGACUCAGAAACCUUUGUUGUAGAGGAGUUGAAGAAAAAAGUUGAAUUCCUCAACAAGCGAGCUGACAGACUUUCCGUGCAUCUUAAUGAAAUGGAACAAACGAUGUCUAGGCAAAUCGACACAACAGGUGCCCGCCAAGUACAGACGUUGAUAGACCUGAAGGAUAUUCAGGAGCAGCUGCAACCUCUUGGAGACACCUACCGAAGUUCGAUACUGUUUGAUUCCAGAAACGGCUGUCCUGAGCGAUUCACACAAUUCCCAGCCAAGGAGAAGUCCACCAAGUCCAACUGCUUCUGGUUCUCCAACUUCGUCGGUUCAUGGGCAGAAGCUUAUACUUACUGCCGUAUGAUGGGAUCUAACUUAGCCAUGGUAAACAACCGCUAUCUCCGUAGAUUGGUCACCAAUGAAGUGAAGAAAAGACGCGGGAAGUUUUACUUCCUGGGCGGGACGGAUCUUCCCAAAGAAGGAGCAUGGCGCUGGUUUUCGGCCAGGAAACAUUUCUUUCAUCGUAUGUGGAAGAAGAGGGAACCAAACAAUGCUGCGGGGGCUGAACACUGCCUGGCUAUCAGCCGGAAGAACAAGUGGGUCGACAUCAAGUGCGACAGGAGAAUCAACUUCAUCUGUCAGAUAAACCUCAGCUCGGCAGACCAGGGGAGAUAA